AUGAAACGGGCGUUGGCAGAGCGAGCCAAACAGAGCGCCGCACUUCCGAGUUCCAGCGGCAAUGGACCUCUCUUACAGGUGCCAGUACAAGCACCCUCGAUGGGGUCCAGUUCGUCUGGAGUAGGAGACCCAUCUUCUCCCAGAACCAAGCCGUUAUCUUCGGAUGCCUACAAACAAGACCAUGGCCGUCCGUUGAAGAUACCCAGACGCGCGGACGCUGGCCCCGAAGUCACGAACUCGAUCGGAUCCAAACACUCGUCUACUGGAAGCCCUACGUCGGCACUGUCACAGGCAGCGUCAGCAAUGCAAUCGGAGUCACGAGGAGCUAACAAUGAUGUCGUCCGCCAAAGAGCGGAGGCGGUCCCGUCAUCAAAUCCACCCGUCAAGAGUCGGUCAGCUGCUGCUGCCAACAGAUCGGCUACGCCGUCAUCGUCUGUUCCAAGCUCGGCGGGCAUGAAGCGACAACGCCCUUCCAGUCAACCUAGAGUGCCUUAUCCUGUUCCAUCGGACGACGAGGCCGAAGAUAAUCAGCAGAAUUCCUUCUUUCUCAAGCACCAAAAUAGAGCUCUGGCAUCGGAAUUGAAAUCGCUACAGCAUCAGCUCACACUGCUCGAGGACGAACGAGAAUACCGACGAAAUCAGUGUCGAAUAGCAAGUCAGGCAUUGAAUUCACUUCAAGCCACAUGGACACAAAUGGAGACAGAGUUGCAACAGCCGCAGCAAGCGCUUGCCCGUCCUGCUGAUCGUGAUGCUGCUUCCUAUGUACAGCAAGAUGGUCCCAUGUCGACGGGAAAUGGAUCCAAGGUGGAAAUUGUGGGGGCUCUGUUUGAUGCGUUGGCCGCACUAGCUACGACUCCACCACCUGACAACCUUGGACAAGACAAUGGGGAGCAGGAGGAAGACGACGACGACGAUGAUGAAAACGACGAAGAAGGUCGUCCUCAAAGGCGAAGAAAUGGAAAUUACGAGCUCGAUCCUGCAGAGAAGCAGCAACUCGAUGAUCUUUCGAACAUCUCGUGGAAUAUUUUGCAACGGGCAAACACGCUAGAGGAAUGGAUCCGAUCCGUUUUGCAAAAGAUGACGAGUACAGCUAGCGCCGCUGCUGAUGGGGACAAGGGUGGUGUGUCGCUGUCGUCAGAUCAACGAGCCCUGAUAAAAGAAGUUGGAGUUUUACGGGGACAAAGCAGGGAGUACAAAAUACAGAUCGCAGAGCUGGCAAAGGCAAGAGAUGACACUGCCAAAUCAGAACGGAAAGUCAGGAGAAGCAUCUAUCGGCUCUCCACUGGUCGGGUCAAAAUCGAGCAGGUCUUGAAAGACAUGGACAAAGGUGAUGAAGACGGUACAUUGGCUGCAGAAGCCCGAAUGGAAGCCAUGAUGGAGGAGAAAGGGACUGUUUCGUCAUCGUCGCAGUUUGAUGCUACAGCCAACACCUCGCACGAUGACCAAAUGUGUGGCGUAAAAUCAGAAUCGGGCGACCCUGCUGAAAUGCAUCGCGUUCGAAGUCAGCUGGAAGAGCUGGAACGUCAGCUUGGCGCCCGUGACACAAGCAUAGAAGAGCUUCAAUCCAGACUUACAGAGAAAGAACAGCGCAUCAAUUUACUUUGUUCAAAAGAAAUUUCUGACGCAGACGCAGAAAAGGUGGAGGAUCAUCAGAAAACGCAGAAACGGUUGGAGCAGGUGGAAGCCGAGCUGGCAGAUGUGCAAGAGCGACUGAAGGAGACCCGAGAAAAUUGGGCCAAAGCCCGUGGUGACGCCAAUCAUGCGUUGAAAACCCUCGACGAAUUGCACGCAAAGCAGGAGAAGCGGUGGGCAGAGUUGACCUGUGUUGGCGACCAAGCUGACAACAACUCGGACGAAAUCAACAUUCCGCUGAACGUGGAAUCUGUAGACCAGGCACGAAAAAUCAUUGAGCUUGAUCACAAGCUGAAGCAAGCCCUGGAAAACGUCAGGCAAGCAGAUUCAGUCAGACAGAAUUUGAAGGAGGCUUUGGCAAUGAAUAGCGCACUGCAAGGAAAGCUCGACGAAAUCAAAGGAAAAUACGCCGCCCUGCAAGCUGGUCGAAGCAACAGUUCCAGCAAUAAAUCAUCGUCGGAGUCGACAAACCAUAGUUCGUCUCGGGAGAAAUCAUCCGAACGAUCAGAGUCGAGUAGCAAGUCGGAAAAGCUCCACCGCGAGAAUCGGAGAAUGAGGAAGGAGAUAGCGGCGCUUUCUGCCAGCAAGGAUUCGGCCAAAGCGAAACUCGAGCGGGUAGAGAAGGAACGAGAUUUGCUCAAUGAGACGAAUUCGAGGCUGCUGAGGCAGAGUGCCGAAAAAGACGACAUGAACGCAAAAUCUUUGUCAACGAUUCUCCACUUGAAGAACAUGACGGACAGUCUAACUGAAGGAAAGAAAAGUCUGGAACAGCAACUGAAGAGUUCAGGUCAGUUGGCUCUCGCGGCUCGUCUAGCCACCAACAGCAAAGCCAAAGUUGCAGAAGAGGUUGUCAAAGAAAAAAAGGCUCUUGAGGAGAAACUAAGAGAGUGCGAAGAACGAAAUCAAUCUUUGAAGAAAGAGCUCGAAUCAACAGUAAGCGAAUGGUCGCAGGCAGAUACCAAUAUCUCUAGUCUCAAUUCACAACUGUCCAAAGCACGUAAGCGGAGCGACGAACUCGUGUCAGAAAUGGAACGAGAGCAGAGAGAACGGAGAAAGCUCCAGGACUCGUUGGAUGUUGCAGUAAAGAAAGCAGGAGACGCGACAGAAAAGCUGAACGAGAUGUCAAAACGAGACGCUGCGAACGGUGGUGGUGGGGGAGGAGGGUCAUCGUUUACCGUUGACCAACUCAACACGCAAGUUCAGGCAUAUGUUUUGCAGGCACUGUGUUGA